UAUUUUGGGUAGAGAGAGGUUACUAGAUGAUGGCACUCGCACCAUUAGGUGAAGAAAAGAGGCUCUCUUCUCUCGCCGGUAAUUUCCUUUCGUUUCUGAUCUCGAUCGCUCUUUAAACCCUAAUUAAUUCAGAGCAUAAAAUUAAUGGAAGCGCCGGAGCUCUUCCACGCCGGAUUCUGCCUCGCCGGGAACCCGCAUUGCUCUCCUGAGAAGGCCAGCGGUGGGGGUGAGCAGUUCGUCGUCGAGGACCUGCUGGAUUUCUCCAAUGAGGAGGCCGGGUGGAUAAUCGCCGCUGCGGGGGAGGAAGGCGCCGGAUCCGAUGCCACCGCUGGGAAUUCCACUGACUCAUCCACCGUCACGGCGGUGGACAGCUAUUGCAAUUCCUCCUUGUCCGUUCGUGAUCACAAGGACGCCCUCUGUCGGAACGCCGUCUACGCCAGCCUCUCAGGCGACUUCUUUGAGCCGCAGUACGACGCGAUGGCGGAGUUGACGAAGCUCGAAUACGAAUGGGCAUUGUCGUCCGAUGUUGUGGAGGAUUCUUUCUCCAGCGAAGAUCUGCACAAGCUUAAUCUCAUCAACGGCGUCAAUUCCACGGCCUCCUCCUCGUCCACCACCACCACCAUCGCCGCCGCGAACACCUUCCAGGACGGCCAAGUAUCCACCUUCCGGCCCGAGGUCCCUGGCAAGGCGCGGAGCAAGCGCUCUCGCGUCGCCCCCGGUAAUUGGUCCUCCCGCCUUCUUGUCCUGUCUCCCUCAGAAGAGAGUGCGCCUUCACCAGACUCGGAGCUGAUCGUGCCGUUCAGCACCGUCUCCCCCAAGAAGGUCACGAAGAAGAAAGAGACGUCAGACGGGGCCGCAGCUUCGGACGGUCGCCGGUGCCUCCACUGCCAGACCGAUAAGACGCCGCAGUGGCGGACGGGACCAAUGGGCCCCAAAACACUAUGCAACGCCUGCGGCGUCCGCUUCAAGUCAGGCCGCCUCGUGCCGGAGUACCGCCCGGCAUCCAGCCCCACCUUCAUCGUCUCCCAGCACUCCAAUUCCCACCGCAAGGUCCUCGAACUCCGCCGUCAGAAGGAAUUCCAGCAGCAACUUACCUCCCCCGCCACCGCCCUCUACGACCCCCCACCGGCGGCUCUACCGAGCGGCUUCUUGAUACACGGCCCGGACAUCCACCUCAUCUAAUUACCGCAGGACCAAUUAACCACUCGGGAAUUUACUUUUCGUAGGCAUUAAUUUGUGGAGAUUUAGACUUCACGAUUUGCUCUAUGAUUUUUUUUUUUUAACAGCAUUCUAAUUUUUCUUUAAUAUCUUCUUUUUACAGACGUUCCAAUAUUAAUUUAGGCGAUUUUAAUUCGUAUAUGUUUUUUUUUCAAAUAAUCAAUCUUGAUAAAUUGAAGAAAAGAGUAAAAGAAUUAGAAUGGGAGAAGCCCAUCGGGAUUCCGCAUAAUUUAGCUGCCGAGGAGGCGAGGAGCCCUGCACUCACCACAGAUAAUGCCACAGAGUACGCCACAGUGCGGGCACGGAAACUCAUGGGUUCGACGAAACAGCGUCUCUCAUUGGCACCUGUUGCUGAUCGUAAAUAGCAUUGGCAAAAUAACAAGUUCGGCACAUGGCUCUGUUCAAAAAAUAGUGGACGUCACGUCUUGGGACACGUGCGCGGCAUACGACUUCUCGGAUUCUGCGUCAAGUCCGGUUGCAUGUGGAGGAGCUGAGGAAGCGAUGUGCGACGCAUCUUCUGCCAUCCUAAUUUUUAAAUUGGUCCUGAAUGGCGCAUAUAUAUUGCACCAAAAAUAUGAUUUACGCCUUCCAAUGAAAGUGCGAUUAGUACCCAACAAAAAUAAAAAUAUGCCACCGUUCUAUUCAAAAUCAUAAAAGUAGAAAUGUGAAAGAAAAGGGA